CGGGCGCUCCGGCGCUGAGCCGCCUUCCUAGCCCGCCGGACGGUACCUCCGGCGGCGACACUACAAAGUGGCGACGAGGUGAAAACAAUGCGUACGUCGACGUUGCCGCCGGAGACACCGCCCGGCCCGCUCUGAAGAAGAGCCUCCUGCUGAAUGCACUGGGAGUUGAAGGCCUGGAUGUUUAUUGGACGCUACAAGCUGCCCAGGAACAGGCGGGGAACGGCGAUGGCACUCGGGACGAAGGCACGCAAGAUGAGUACAUCGCAGCGCUCACGCUGCUCGAGAAUCACUUCAAGGCGCCGAGCAAUGAAAUAUUGGAGCGUCACUACUUCAAAUUGCGCAAACAGUUACCAGGGGAAUCCGUUACUGACUAUGCUUCUGCACUACAGACGAUGGCCAGCAGAUGCAAUUUCGGGACUUCCGUCAAUGCCAUGGUCCGCGAUCAGCUCUUCAGCGGAAUUACCGCACAACAAGUCCGCAGACGACUUCUGCAGCUGGGACCUACCCUUACUGUACAUCAAGCAAUACAAAUUGCCAAAGAAGAGGAGCGUACCGAACUCGAAAUGCAGGAGUUCGCGAACGCGCAAGUUGACAGGGUCGGAUUUCAAGCGGGUACGCAAGAUGGCCGCCAAAGCACUUCACAUUCCUUUCCACCAAAACAAAAGAAUCAUGGCCGCCGGCCUCCCCGACAGAACUCGGGAGGGAGCCAACAUGGCCGCUCGCAACAUGACACCCGUCCUCAUUCUUCAUCGGACUCUUCGGGACAGCAGAAUGAACCGCACCGAUCUGAAUCGAAUUUCUGCUAUAGAUGCGGAUCGUCUCAACAUUACGCAAAUUUUGCAAACUGUCCUGCCCGCAACCGCACUUGUUCUGCCUGCGGAAAGCGAGGCCACUUCAGAGCUGUCUGCCGCUCAUCAAAUGUCCGAACUUCGCAACAAAACGUAGCUCAAGUGCAAGAUACUGCAGUAACAAAUACAGUUACUAUUCUCAACGUUGAUGAACGCUCCAGCCGUCCUUCGCCACUGAAGAUUUCUAUUCAAGUUGGCCAAGUCAACAUUCCUUUUCUCGUUGACACCGGUGCGACCGUCUCAUUGCUGAACUUACAAGAUUUCAAGCAGUACUUUCCGGGGACCAGACUCCUUGACUCCUACAUUGUCCUUCAGGACUAUUCGAAGAAAUGCAUUCCCCAUGUCGGAUACUUCUCUACAAACGUCCGGUACAACGAUACCACUGCUACUGUCACAUUUUACGUGACAAAAGAAGGUUCUUCACUUCUUGGUUUGGACGCCAUUCGAAGCCUCCACAUACACAUCGACGGCGCUACAUUGUCCUGCUCACAAGUUUCAAAUACAGCUACUCCAAGAAUUCCUGCUAAUGCUCCGUCCGAAUUUCAUCACCUCUUCACCCAGGAACUUGGCCUGGUGAAAGGCUACAUGCACGAAGCGUCAUCGAACGUGUUUCAGCAUCAGAUUGGGUCUCUCCACUGGUCGUGGUGA